AUGCUUCUUCCCCCAGGCCCAACCACACAGUUCGUCUCCCCUUCCCCAUCUCUCUCUCUCUCUCUGCUGUAAAUAUAUACUCACAAACGUUUCGCUUUCUCUUUCUUUCUAAAACUAGCUCCUCCCUCCCAUGGCAACUCGCCGUGGACUCGGUUUUUAUGUUUCAAAUAUAUAUAGGAGUAGAUCAUAAAAGCCUCAAUUUACUUCACAUUUCCCUUUCAUGGGCUCGGGUGAGAGAAUCGUGAUGACGAGGGUGGUAUUAAGCUCUGGAUUUGUUUCUUCUGUUGCUUUCUUUGUUGCUUUGGUCGUGUCCCAACUGGGUCGCUGCGGGGUCAACUCGGAGUCGACUCAGGAGAAGCAAGCUCUCAUUGAUUUCUUGUCCAGAACCCCACACGAGACCAGGGUCGACUGGAACGAGUCCACCUCGGCCUGCAAUUGGGUGGGCGUCGGGUGCGAUGCGAACCGGUCGUCUGUGUACUAUCUGCGCUUGCCCGGAGUUGGGCUCGUCGGGAAUAUUCCGGCGAACACGAUUGGGAGGCUGACUCAGCUCCGAGUGCUGAGUCUCCGGUCGAAUCGGCUCACAGGUUCGGUCCCUCCCGACUUCGCCAAUCUCAAGUUCCUCCGCAGCCUCUAUCUCCAGAACAACCAGUUCUCCGGCGGGUUUCCAUCUAGUCUGACCGAGUUGACGCGGCUGAGCCGCCUGGACCUCUCCUCCAACAAAUUCACCGGCCCAAUCCCGUUUUCGGUCAACAAAUUGACCUCAUUGAGCCGGCUCUACCUGCAGAAGAACGGGUUCAACGGGACCCUACCCGGCAUCAACCUCCCCAGCCUAACCGAUUUCAAUGUCUCCGACAAUCGCCUCAACGGGUCAAUUCCGGCGAGACUCUCCAAAUUCCCGGCGCCAUCCUUCGCGGGGAACAUCGAUCUAUGCGGCGCCCCAUUGCCGCCGUGCAACCCUUUCUUCCCAUCCCCCUCACCUUCCCCGUCGGCCCAGAUCAGCCCGCUCCGCCACAGAAAGUCCAAGAAGCUCUCCGGAGGCGCCAUUGCCGGAAUCGCAGUGGGCGCGGCACUGGCCGCGAUCCUCCUGGCACUGGCCCUCAUCCUCUGCCUCUCGAGGAAGAGGAGAGAACCCCGGAAGGCAAUACCUGCCGCCGGGGCAGGGGCGGGAGAAUCCGCAGGGGCGGCGGGGGCGUCGGCCUCGAAGGAGGAGGU